AUGUUCUUCAUCAGCGCCAUUGUGAAGAACAUUGCACCCGUCUUUAUCGCGACGAGUCCGAUUACCAGCUAUGGCGACCAGAUCUACAGCAUGCACCGAGCUCGCAGCUCCGCCGGCUUCUCCCUCGACAUUCCGCUCAUCAUGCUCGUCGCCAGCAUCCUGAAAGUCUACUACUGGUUCGGCGCCCACUUCAGCACCUCGCUGCUCGUCCAAGCCCUGCUCAUGAUCUGCGUCCACCUGCUCCUCCUCCACGUCGCGCUCACGAACCGACCGCCGCCCUCGCAUCUCCCUUUCCAACACAAGGACGUUUCGAACCGACCGUACGAUUUCUGGCAGUGGAGGGCGCCAAGGCCGUAUUGGACCUUCAUCACAUACUUUACUGGGGUGCUGUUGGUGCUGCACCUGCUCAUGUCCUCUACGAGCGUAUUUGUGCCGUACACCGAUCUGCUGGGCAUGGUUGCGUUGACAAUCGAGGCUACGCUUCCGAUACCCCAGCUUCUGGCUAACUACCAGAGACGUGGGUGCAAAGGAUUCAGGCCUAGUGUCAUCGUAAACUGGGUCAUCGGUGAUACAUUCAAGAUGUGGUUCUUCUUUGCCAGCAGCAGUGGUGAGGUACCUUGGGCUUUCAAGGCUUGUGGUAUCUUCCAGGCAUGCUGCGACUUGGGACUUGCAGCGCAGUACUUGAUCUGGGGCGACGGGCCGCCUGGUGUGGAAGGUCUGGGUCGGGAGAAGGAGAUCAGAAGCCCGAUACCGCCUGAGGAGGGAUGGAAUGCGGAGAAGCUGGGACAAACGAGCAUGGCGGGUGGCAUCGAGAUGAGCGACGGCCAGGCGUGGGAGAGACCGAGGGCUGCGUAG